CUCAGGCAUCAAAGAAGGACCCGACCAUUUUCGAACGACAACGUGUGCAUUGAAGCGAGUGAGCACGACUACGCUCUCUCUAUUGUGCUUGCCUUCGCUCAUUCAUCCAUCCCUUCUCAUUCUCCCUGGGUCGAUGCUCUCGAACCCAGCCUGGCCACAAACAAUCUCCCCCCGUGCGUGAAGACAGUCCCUCCCGAAUCUCUGGAAUUCCCAUCCCUGCGCAGCGGGCGAGAUCAGUGCGCCUCCCUGGCGUGGGAACACAACAGGCUCGGCGGGCAAGAUGAAGUUGGACGUCAAGAGACAACUCUUCGCGCGCAGCGAACGAGUCAAAGGCAUUGACUUUCAUCCCACUGAGCCAUGGAUCCUCACCACUCUCUACAGCGGCCACGUAUACAUCUGGUCCUACGAAACGCAGUCCGUCAUCAAGACCUUUGAGCUCACCGAUGUCCCCGUGCGCGCCGGCCGCUUCGUCGCCCGCAAGAACUGGAUCGUCUGCGGCAGCGAUGACUUCCAACUGCGAGUGUACAACUACAAUACCUCCGAGAAGAUCACAUCCUUCGAAGCGCACCCUGACUACAUCCGAGCCAUUGCCGUCCACCCUGUCCAGCCGUUCGUCCUCACCGCCAGCGAUGACAUGACCAUCAAGCUUUGGGAUUGGGAAAAGGGAUGGAAAUGCGUGCAGGUCUUCGAAGGGCACAGCCACUAUGUGAUGGGGCUGGCCAUCAACCCGAAAGACACAAACACCUUUGCUUCCGCGUGUCUCGAUCGCACCGUCAAGAUAUGGUCCAUCGGCUCCCAUUCCUCCACCCCAAACUACACCCUCGAAGCCCACGAGACGAAAGGCGUGAACCACGUCGACUACUACCCCCAUGCCGACAAGCCCUACCUCCUCACAACCUCUGACGACCGCACCGUCAAGAUCUGGGACUACACCACCCGAGCUCUCAUCACCACGCUCGAAGGCCACACUAGCAAUGUCUCCUUCGCCUGCUACCACCCCGAACUGCCCGUCAUCAUCUCCGGCAGUGAAGAUGGCACCGUCAAGAUCUGGCACGCCAACACCUAUCGUCUCGAGCAAUCCCUUUCUUACGGCCUCGAGCGGGUAUGGUGUGUGUCGUACCAGCGCGGGAAACAAGGUAUCGCCAUGGGCUUCGAUGAUGGCGCUGUCGUGGUCAAAAUGGGCCGCGAAGAGCCCGCCGUAUCCAUGGACGGCUCCGGCAAGAUCAUUUGGGCUCGGCAUACCGACAUCCUCACCUCCGUCAUCAAACCCGGCGACAAGUCGCUGCAAGACGGUCAGCCUAUCUCAGUUCCAUCGAAAGACCUCGGCAGCACGGAAAUCUACCCGCAGACCUUGCUGCACAGUCCCAAUGGCAGAUUCGUGGCCGUGUGUGGCGAUGGCGAGUACAUCAUCUACACUGCACUCGCGCUGCGGAAUCAAGCGUUUGGGUCUGCGUUGGACUUUGCGUGGGCAAGCAAGGAGAACGAUAAGGACUAUGCUAUUCGUGAAUCGGCAUACUCGGUCAAGGUGUACCGGAAUUUCAAACCAAAGGGUGGUGAUGGCACGGUCAAUGUCGGAUUCACCGCGGAGGGCUUGAGCGGAGGUGUCUUGCUUGGAGUCAAGGGACAAGGAGGCAUUGGAUUCUUCGACUGGGAUUCCGGCAAACUCGUCCGGAGAAUUGAAGUCGAGCCGAAGAAUGUCUUUUGGUCGGAGAGCGGAGAGCUGGUGUGUCUUGGAUGUGAGGACACGUUUUACGUUUUGCGGUUCUCGCGAGAGCAAUACGUUGCUGCCUUGCAGAGCGGCGACGUGGACGAGGACGGUGUGGAGAGUGCUUUUGAGGUGGUUUGCGAUAUCAACGAAAGCAUUCGGACUGCACAAUGGGUGGGCGACUGUCUCGUCUACACCACCUCCACAAACCGCCUCAACUACCUGGUCGGUGACCAGACAUACACCAUCUCGCACUUCGACUCUCCCCACUACGUCCUCGGCUACCUGGCGCGCGACGCGCGAGUCUACAUCUGCGACCGCGACGUCCAACUCACCUCCUUCGCCCUCUCCGUCUCCGUCAUCGAAUACCAAACUCUCGUCCUGCGAGGCGACAUGGAAGCCGCGCAGUCCAUGCUCGACUCGGGCGACAUUCCCGACGCCGAAAUGAGCAAAAUCGCGCGCUUCCUCGAAGGCCAAGGCUACAAGGAAGAAGCACUCCAAGUGGCGACCGACAAAGAGCACCGCUUCGAGCUCGCCCUCGCCCUCGGCAACCUCGACAUCUGCCUCGAGCUCGCGCGCGAAGCGGACGUGGAGCACAAGUGGAAGACGGUCGGCGACGCCGCGCUCACCGCGUGGAACAUGAAGCUAGCAGAGGAGUGCUUCGACCGCGCGCGCGACUGGGGCAGUCUGAUGCUGCUGUACUCCAGCUCCGCCGACUCGGCCGGCCUGCGCAGCCUCGCGGGCAAAGCGCAAGAAGCGGGGCAGAUGAACGUCGCCUUCUCCUGCUUGUGGCAAACGGGUGACCCGGACGCAUGUCUGGACCUCCUUGUCGCGACGAACCGCACGGCGGAGGCGGUGCUGUUCGCGCAGACUUAUCGCCCCUCUCGCUGCAAAGCGAUUGUUGAAGCGUGGAAGGCGGGCUUGGAGAAAGCGGGCAAGACGAAGGUGAGUCGCGCGCUGGGCGUGCCGCCUGGUGUUUCUGCCGUUGAUGGCACGGUUGAGGGCGACGACGAUAUGUUCCCCGAGUGGGAUGAAUAUUUGCGAUUGGAGAAGGAAGGCGGCGGGAAGGAGGGGUUGCUGAUUGAUGUCAAUGGCGCAAACGAGAGCGACGAUGUGGAUGCUGCUAAGGCCAAGGCGAAUCCUGUUCCGGUCGAGGAGGCGGAGGAAGAGGAUGGGGAGGCUAGUGAGCAGACGGAAACGGAGGUGUAAAAAGGGGUAUUUAGGAUGAAUGCAUGCUGUAGAACGAAACG